AUGGUGAAAUCGCCAUCUCCAAGCAUACCGUUGCCUAUGGUAGGCGGUCAUCCCUUUCCCGCCAACGGAAUGCGACCACCUCCAUCGCCCAGUUAUGGAUCAACUGCGUAUAGUUUCAAGUUGCAGGUCCCUCCUCGCCUUAGUCCUGCUGAACAGCUUGCUUCCCCUCCAGCAACCAACUCGUGCGGUGAUCAAUCGGCGCGCCACCAAUCACAUAAUCCUUUCCCUCAUCCCUCAACCUCCGACGUCCAUCAUACAUCCUCGAGGGUUGGUCGCGCCCCUUCCAGACCCCAGAGAGACUAUCAUCCGAGACGCCAGUUUGAAACGGAGAUCCUUGACUUGGCUUUACGCGACAGUCGGAACCCAAGGACUCGGACCAAGGCACCUUCGUCGGCCCACCACAAUAAAAACACCCACCCCCACCACCAGGAACAUACCCACAGGCAUACACCCUCGUGUUCAAGAUCCUACAGACCUUGCCACGACAUCGACCACCAGAUUAAGGAUCCGGUGCCUAUGUAUGGUGUGGCUCUGGUAGACGACAGAGGCGGUGUUGAAUUCUUAGCCACUGACAGGAUGGACGACUGGCUGGCGGGUGUCGAGAACGAAGACUUCAUCAUCUAUGAGGACCCUCAGGAACACGGACUAAAACAAAACGACACGGAAAUGGGCGGGGCCGAGCCCCAGGCCGACGAGUCUGGGCUGGCGCCCACUGUGGUUCGCUAUGCCAUGAUGGACCUAGAAGACGGCGACGAUUCAGACAAGGAGAACCAAAACGACGCCCCGAAAUACCGCCGGAUUCGCAAGCCCACCCCUCACAAGCCUGCUGCCCUAAUGGAGAUCAAACUGAACCAGGUCGAGACCGAAAUUGUUAAAGAUGAGGAUGCGAAGACCAUCUGGCCGGGUGUGGAGGACUCCAUGCUUAGUAUUCCCAAGCGGAAAAGCAUCAAGCGUCAAGUUGACUCGAAUGCCGACACAUUGGAGCGGCCUGCUUCCAAGCGCAGCAAGCUUACCAGCACUCUCAAGCGUGGCUUGUCGAAGAUGAGCUUGAGGAGCAUCAGAAGCAGCCGUGCUUCUAAGCGACCAGGUACUCCUGCCGGGUCUGUCGGCACUCGAGAGGUGUUCAGCCGACUGAGCUCUUUCUCGUGGGUGCCUGGCUCCGAGAAGCUGCGCUCUGCGUCAGGCUCUUCUGGACCGGAGAGGAAGAUCAAGAUUUGUGUGGUCGGUGAUGCUGAUGCGGGCAAGACGGCUCUAGUCAACCGCCUCGUCUCUGGAGAUUUCGGGGAGGAAAAGAAAUCUAACGACGCUCCUCAGCACUCGCCGAUUACCGAGCAGCAGAUCCCAACUGCUCCCUCAUCGCAUACCACGGAUUAUCGCAGUUUCUCCAUUAUUGCUGACGACGGAAAGCUCGUCACUAUCGAGCUCUGGGACUUCCCAGGCAACAUUGCUAACGAGCGGACCACCCAGCUGACGUCCAACUUCUUCCAAGCUGCCAUCAUCUGCUAUAGCAUCGAGGAUGUUAAGAAUCUUCCCGCCAUUUGUGAUACGUGGAAACCCAAACUGGACCGCUCCCUCAUCGACUGUCCUCGCUUCCUUCUCGGCCUCAAGAAGGAUCUCCGCCCAGCCUUUCCUCCCCUGGGUCUUAGCUUCCUGCCUCGCAAGGAGCCUGUCAUGGCCGACAUGGGUCGCAGUGCAGCAUACCACUCCCGUGUCGCUGGCUACGGCGAGUGCUCGGCCAAGACAGGCGAGAACGUCGAUGACGCAUUCCGCGGCAUUGUCAACUUCACCUUGAGCCAGAUGAGGAAGAAGGAGAUAGGUAUUUCCCAUGGAAAGCGUCGGGAGAAGGCAAAGGAGACGGUCAAGGAUGCGGGCAAGGUCAUGGUUGAUACGUUGUGUGGAUUCCCCAAUGGCCCGACUCCGGGCCGUACCUGGAGCCGUCACUUGUAG